GACUAAAGUCCCGAAAGUGUAGAAUGGAAGCUUCAUCAGCAACCGAAAUUAUGAUGAAGAGGCAGGUGUUCGAAGAGUCAACAUUUAUUUCAAGAGUUGAGAGUUGUUACUGAAUUUAUCACAGGCACUUGGAAUUGUUUUGAAGAUGUCAUCACUAGAAGUUACCAACUAAACAUUCCACAUAGUUAUGAGAUUUGAAGUACUAUUUAGUGUUGACAUGUUGAACUUCAGAUACCGCAACAGUUGUACAGAGUUCGAAUACUAGCUACACCAUCAGUGAUCCAGUGUUUGCCUCAGAGGAAGAUGAUAUAAAUAAGAUUAUAAGGCAGGAUCAACAGAACUACCAGGAGGACAGAAUAAUGAAAAAAACCUUGUCACUACAGCAGCAGAUAUUUGACAAAAGUUCAUGACCUGCCUAAAGCUAUGGAAUGGUUACCUCCUUAAAAGAAAGUCAAGUUUAAAAGUUUAAUGUUUACCACUUCUGUCAGAUGAAAAUGUAACUUUAUUUAAUCGAAUUUUUAAUAAUAUAAUCAAGAAUCAUGCUGCGGAACAAAUCUUUUAGAAAACAAUCAAGAAAGGUGCGCUGUUUUAUGCUUUUUGGAUCACUGUGUACUGCAUUUAUUAUAAUCUUAUUUACUAAUUAUAGACAAGGGAAUGUUAGUUAUAUUACAGAAGAUACACACUUUGCUUCACGGAAACUUUUAAACACAUCAGACACCGAUGAUAGUCUUUAUCCUCCCGAUGCAUUUACAGAUGAACAAUUAAAGGAUGGUGCCGUCGUCUUACAUGUGAUUGGACUGAUAUAUAUGUUUAUAGCGUUGGCAAUUGUAUGUGAUGAGUUCUUUGUACCAGCUCUUGGAGUUAUAAUAGAGAGAUUUAAAAUAACCGAGGAUGUAGCUGGAGCAACAUUUAUGGCUGCUGGCGGUAGUGCUCCAGAACUUUUUACGAGUCUAUUUGGAAUCUUUUUUGCCAAGAAUAACGUUGGUAUAGGAACCAUUGUUGGAUCUGCUGUGUUCAAUAUUUUAUUUGUGAUCGGUAUGUGUGCUAUAGUUAGUAAAACAGUUUUAAAUCUGACAUGGUGGCCAUUAUUCAGAGAUGUUACGUUUUACAGUGUAGACUUAAUAUUACUUAUUGCAUUUUUUUACGAUGAGGUCAUUAAAUGGCACGAAGCGUUGAUAUUAUUUUUUGGAUAUGUUGCUUAUGUUCUUUUCAUGAAGUUUAAUGCACAAAUAGAAGACAGAGUAAAAAGCUUCUUGAAGAAACGAUGCAACAAAGUUGAAACACAAGAGAGACCAGAACGAAGUUUAAGUAUGCCAAUUUUACAUGCAGGAGGGAACAGAUUUAGACAUGGAAUAUUAGACCUGAUCAUUCAUUCAAAUCACCACAACUUACAUGAAGCAAAGCCCCACGAAAAAGCAGUACAUCUUCAUGCACUGGAGACACUGAAAGUUGUGAUAGGGGUCACUACACCAGGGCAUGGAGAUCACAAUGGGCAAACAAAUCAUAAUGGUUCUGUAGACCAAGAAAAUAACAAAUUAACUGCUUAUACAAAUGGACAUAUUACCUCAGAUAAUGGUGGAUUUGUGUUGAAUGAAGGGUCAAAUGACAUAGCCGUGUCACGAGUGUCACCAAUAACUCCAGAAACACCUGAUGGAGAAGACAAAAAGGAAGAGCUACAAGAAGAAGAAGAACCAUUAGAUCUUAGCUGGCCUAAGGAAUGGAGAAAAAGAUUGAAUUAUAUUUUAGUAGCACCAAUAAUAUUUCCACUGUGGAUAUUUUUACCUGAUGUUAGAAGACCAGAGAAGAAGAGAUGGUUUAUAAUAACAUUUUUUGGCAGUAUUUUAUGGAUUGCUAUCUACUCAUACCUCAUGCUCUGGUGGGCUGCCACAGUGGGCAGAACCAUAGGAAUACAAGAUGAGAUAAUGGGUCUGACAAUAAUAGCAGCUGGUACCAGUAUCCCUGAUCUCAUCACCAGUGUAAUAGUAGCUAAAAAAGGAUUUGGAGACAUGGCUGUAUCCAGUUCUGUGGGAAGCAAUAUUUUUGAUAUUACAGUAGGAUUGCCGAUACCAUGGUUAAUAUAUUUGGCCAUCAACGGAGGAGUGGUUGAUGUGAACAGUAACGGACUUGUUUGUUCCAUUUUCUUGUUAUUUGUCAUGCUCAUCACUGUGAUUGCUACAAUAGCUAUAUCGAAGUGGAAAAUGAGUAAACCUUUAGGAGGGUCCAUGUUAGUACUGUACGUGGUUUUCGUUGUUCUUAGCGUGCUCUUAGAGGUCAGUGUCAUUAAAUGUCCUGUUACUUGAGAGAUAAUACAGAAGACUGAAGACAUUUUGGCAAUGACGGUCAUAGUAAAGAGUAGUCAUAGUGAACUACAAAACAUUUAAGUUGAACUAUCAUUUAUUUAUGAGGCUGCGGUCAACCGUAUCAUGUAAAAGUUUCUUCAGGAACUGUAUCCUCAUAACGUUGAUGAAUAGAAAUGGUCCAGUAACACAGUACACAGCUAUAGUUACUUUAGCCUCAUAAAGAAGAUGAAAAGAAAUGCUGCCCAUUGAAGUGUUAUAUAACAACAGCAAUAGUUAUUCUGUCCUUGUAACUUUGACGAUAAAGUAACACAGCGCGUUACAACAUAAUAUAACAGCACCAUGUGACACCACCACCUUCUGUGUAGAUAACAAUUAAAUACCAUUUUUGUUAUUGUUAAUUCUGUUACAUUUAUCACUAAGCACCAAUAUAAUUCAUGUCACUUCAUAUCACUUAUGACAGAUAGUUUGGGGAUUUUUUUUGCUGCCUUAGAAAUUUUACACAUUUUUAGUCUAGGGCCAAAGUAUUUGGUAAAAAGAAAAAAAGUUUCUGGGAAAGACUCAGUAAAAAUUUCUUCUAAAUGUUAAAUCUAACUUGAUAUAAUUCUCAUCUCACCUUUUCAUUUAGGAAUAAUCCACUUUCCAAAUCAUGUCUGGAGUCAGGCAGCAGAUAUCCAUAUCAAUGUUUUUUUUCUAUUCUCAAUACAGUUGACUAUUUCAUUAAAUGGUUUAUAUGUUAAAACAAAAAAAUUGAUCAACAAAGCUUUUUAUUACUGUGUGAAAGACAAAUACAUUCCAUGAAAGUUUAGAUUCCAAAGAGUGUUUUUAAAAUAAUCCUGAUUGUAUACCAUGCAUAUGGUCUUACAAUUUUUAUCUUGUUGGCCUUCAUGGGCAAUUCAAAAUAUUUUAAUGUGAUUUUUACCCAAUUAUAUUGUGGUAGUAUUAAAUGGAAAAAGACUAACAAUUCCAACUUUACUAUACUUUUCUUUUUGAAUAAGAGGAAAGGAAAUUUUUCUUGAAGAAAGUUGAAAAUUAUUUCCUAUAAGAGUUAAACUUAAUAAACAAUUCUCUGAAGAAGAAUUCUUUUCUCCAAAACUAAUGAAAUUCAAAUAGGAUUGUUAAUAUAAAUAAUUAAAGGAGUUUAGAUGAAUUUGUGUAUUUUACCAGAAAUAUUGAUAAAAUAGUUUAAUAAACGGUAAAGGGCUCAAUUUUAUAUUUUUAUUACAUUUAAAAACUUUGUAUAGUACGUAUAUAUAUGUAUUGUAAGUGAGUAGUGGCAGGUUUACAUACAAUGUCCUUAGCAACUAUAAAAAUAUCUGAAAAAUUAACGAAACAAUCACCUUAUAAAUCAUGAUCAUCAACCAUUAAAUGUAUAUUUUAGCCAUUGUGAUUUUCUGUAUUUCAUAUGACCAAUUUCGCUUUUUUUUACCAGCCAAAAAUAUCAUUUUUUUUCUGAAAUUCAGUGAAUGCAGUAGGAGAACAGAUUUGAAAUUUCUCCCUUUUUCAAUUUAACAAUAAAUGUUGAUUGUUUUAUGUGACUCAACAGACAUUAAGAAUAACUAUUUAGUUAUGAAAUAUUCAUUUUUUUGUUAAUUUCAAUACGAAUUUAAGCAAUAAUACCCAAAACUGACUGGAAUCGAGGGAAAACCUUCUUAAAGUUUUGCAAUAUUGUUUUUCAUUUGUAAAGUUUAAAAAUGCAUUUAUUAUAAAUAUAUGUGAACAAUAAAUCUGUAGUCAAUUGUACUAGCACAAUUUAUGUAUAUAAAUACGGCACAUGUGUUUAUUUACAAUUUUACUUUAAAUAGCCAAACUGUAGAAACAAUACCAUGUUUUAUUAUCUUAAUAGUAACAUUUGAAUCGACUUAGUCUUAUUCAAUAUUUUUUUUUUUUUUUCAGUUUUUGUUGUUUUUGUUAUAACACAGUACAAUUUAUUGAUUCAGCAUUUAAGUUAUAUUCUAUUUUGUAGUAGGACUUGUUUUUUUUUUCUUAAACAUAUGUUUGUCCCUUUUUUGUUAUCCACAGGAGUUGGUUCACUAAAUCAAUUUAUUUUCACCGCCAUUAUGUGAUGAAAAUUUGAUAAAAACAUAUCCAAUAAUUUCAGUAAAAACAUCAGUUAUCACACAUUGAUCAAGACAUACAUAUAUUAUUUACUUUAAAAAUUAAAGUUUUAAAAAUAAUCUGUACAAUGAAGUUUGUUUUCUGGCUGUAUGCCUUUUUAAACAUUUUUACAGAAGUUAUUUUUUCCAAGGCAUAUACAAAAAAUUGUCUAAUCAGAAAGUCCAUAAUCAUUUUAUUGGGAGAUGAACUUCAAGAAGUUUGUAAGGUCUGUUCUUUGGUUCAAAAUAUUUGACUAUCAUCAAGAUUACACAUGCUGGUGUGUCUUGUCUGCAGCCUGCUUUACUGACCACUAUCCCUAUGUUGAGCUUUCCUUAGGCACCACAAAAACUGGUGUUAUCUUCACAUUCUAUAUUAUUUAUUUUAUUUAUGAAAUAAAUAGAAUGAUAAAUAGUCUACUCUUUUAGUGGCGAAUUAUCAAAAUAUAAAGAUGUUUGUUACUCACUGAUUAUUUGACCUUAUAGGUUAAUGCUCAUUUUAGUUUGGUACAGUAUUAUUUAACUCUAAGUCAUUUUAUUUUUUAUAUAACUUUUUUAUUUCUGUAGAAAGUCUUUUUUUGUCUAGUUAUUUAAUAUAUGUGUAUUUUAGUCAUCUAAUAUAUUCUAAAGCAUUUUUUAAUACCAAGUAUAGGUAUGGACAGAAAUGAAGUGAUUGUUAUAAUCUUAUUAUAUUCGUCGCUUAAGUUUACAGAAUAAUUUUUAAUUAAUUUGAUCUUUGAUACUUACAUUUUACUUAAUUCAAAGUCCUUGAAACAACUAUCAUACAAUUUGACAGAAAAAAUUAAUAGUAAAAUAAAAGAAAAAGAAAUGCUAAUAACUAUGAGCUUUAUAUCUUACACUAUGCUGAAUAUUUUCUAUCUUAAUAGUUUAUAUAUUAUAUUGAUAUACUCUACAAAGUAUUGCAUUCAUUUACUUUGUUUAAAAACCUUGUUAUUGUUUAUUGCCUUUUUUUUUAGAUUUUAUUAUCUAGUGCUGGUUAGCUGGAGGAGAUUCAUGUAUAUAGGUUGUUAUUUAAUAAUUUCUGACCUAUUUAUUUUUUAUGGACAUAAAAAUAAAUAAUUUAUUGAAAUAUAAACUAUUUUGUUUUGUAAUAAUAAUUGAAAUGUGAACCAUUCGUUGGUAGGGGUAAUAUUAGAAGUGUGUCAAACAUUUAUUUUAUGGUUUUACAUAGAUAUGAUGUAUAAAUUGUUUUAUUACUUUUUGAUAAGAAUGCCUGAAUGAAUUAUUGGUUUCUACAAAAUCAAUUGAGACUCAACUUACCUAAAACUAAUUGUUUAACCAUACAAUAGACUUUUUAAAGCACUUUGACCAAUAUUUUUCAACAUCAACUUUAGGUAAACCAUUGGAGUAAAAUGAAGGGUGAUGCUGAGGUUAUUAAUUGGAAAUAUUUUGCAAUGAAAUUUUUAUAUGCUAGUUUGUACAAACUUGUGAAUUUCAGCCAUAAAGGUUCGUCCAGCUUCCUAAACCUUCUUGGUAUUCAAAAUAGAACUGUAGCUCUUUUCCACAAAAAAACUUAUGAUAAAAAUUGAUUGUAUGUUAUUCUUCUUCUAUCAAUAUACAGUGUAACCAGUGUAAAGCGACACACUUGGGGACUAGAAAAAAAGGUUGGAUUAGGUAGGGUGUCGGAAUACUCAGGUGUCGGGUUAUGCAGGUUAAACUGUUCUGAAAUGCUCUUGACUUACAAUUAAUUUUUCUCUUUAGAUUUAUUUUGGAAAGAUUUGCUGAUCAUUAUUUUAAAUCAUUAUAAUCAAAAAGAUGUUGGAAGAUUUUUGAAGAUACUGCUGAUGAGAAUGUUAACAUCAUUUCUCAGAGAGUAUAGAAAAAUUUGAUAAAGUUUCAAAAAUUUACUUUCAACUUGUAUUUGUAGAGGUUACAUCAAUAAUUAGAGAGCAAUAAACAUUUAGAAUCUUAUUCUGAAACUUUUAUUCUUAACGCUCUCAAAAAUAGAAAAUAUUUAUUUAUAAAAGCUUUUAUUUCAAUUAUUUAUAUUGUUUCCAUAAUGUCCAUGGUAAUAAUAGUUAUAUUGAGCCAAAGUGCACCCUGUGUUAGUACAGUGUUUUGUUUGAAUUGUUUGUUAUAUUUGUUUAUUAUUGACCAUGACUUGUGAUUAUGUGAUAUUAAUUGUUUUUCUCCGUCCGUUAUCAUUAAAGUUUUUUUAGAGAACCUUGA